AUGUCCAACGACAGUAUUCAUUGGGAAGCGAGAUAUUUACCUGCAGGACCACCACGUUUGCUGGGAUGGAAUGUUCCCGCUGAAGAAUUAAUUCAUAUACCGGAACAUUGGCUAAUCUAUCCCGAGCCAAAUCCUUCUCUUCAUUAUUUAUUGGCCCUUUUAUAUAUCCUUUUUACUUUUCUUGCUUUACUCGGAAAUGGUUUAGUAAUAUGGAUUUUUUGCGCUGCUAAAUCGUUAAGGACUCCUUCAAAUAUGUUUGUUGUGAAUCUGGCAAUUUGUGACUUCUUUAUGAUGAUCAAAACACCUAUUUUUAUAUACAAUUCCUUUAAUACUGGUUUUGCUUUGGGAAACUUAGGAUGUCAAAUAUUUGCAGUUAUUGGUUCUUUAACUGGAAUCGGUGCUGCGAUUACAAAUGCAGCUAUAGCAUACGAUAGAUAUAGUACAAUAGCAAGACCAUUGGAUGGCAAAUUGUCGCGUGGACAAGUAAUUUUAUUUAUCGUAUUAAUCUGGACUUAUACUAUACCAUGGGCACUAAUGCCUGUGAUGGGAGUAUGGGGACGUUUUGUACCAGAAGGCUUUCUUACCAGUUGUUCUUUCGAUUAUCUAACUGACACUAAUGAAAUACGAAUUUUUGUUGCUACCAUAUUUACUUUCUCCUAUUGCAUUCCAAUGAUACUUAUAAUCUAUUACUAUAGUCAAAUUGUCAGUCACGUCAUAAAUCAUGAGAAAGCACUCCGAGAACAGGCAAAGAAAAUGAAUGUCGAUAGUUUACGAAGUAAUGCUAAUACAAGUUCUCAAAGUGCUGAAAUUCGUAUAGCAAAGGCUGCCAUCACAAUUUGCUUCUUAUAUGUUCUUUCAUGGACUCCAUAUGGUGUGAUGUCAAUGAUUGGUGCAUUUGGUAAUAAAGCACUUUUAACACCUGGUGUUACAAUGAUACCUGCAUGUACAUGUAAAGCUGUUGCUUGUUUGGAUCCAUAUGUAUAUGCCAUAAGUCAUCCCAAAUAUAGAUUAGAACUACAGAAACGAUUACCAUGGCUAGAAUUACAAGAAAAACCAAUAUCUGAUUCGACAAGCACUACAACUGAGACAGUAAAUACACCACCGGCCUCAAGCUAA